UUCAAGACGAGAGUUGGCGAGAGUCACUCCGCCCUGGUCCCGUGUUGGCGUCGUUGUCUCCCUUCCGUACAAGAGCUAUGGUGAUGUGGGCGCGCGGGGCGGUGGGCGCGUGUGUGGGCGUGCUGGUGGUGUUGGUGGUCACGCCCCCCGCCCACGCCAUCACCAUCCACCCAGCUGUACUCAAGAACUUUGUCGGAUCGUACCGCAAAGCAGGAGAGCCAGUGUUGAGGCCGACCUUCGACCGGCCCCGCUACCUGCGUCAGCGCCUGGUGGAGGAGAUGGUGCCCAGGUCCCGCCCCGCCGAGGGAUACCUAGAGGACGUCACCCUCCUCCAGGAUUCCUUCCCUGCCUCGGCCCGAGCAGUCAGCGCCCCACAUGAAGAGUGGAACAGACCGCUCAGGUCCUGCGCCGGGUCGGCCUCGUGCGCCCAGAACAUGGACAACACCCUCAACCUGUUGAUGCGCAUGAUGGAGACGGGCAGGCGCUAAGGCUCACCCGGGGUGGCAGUCGUGGCUGCCAACCCUGCUUCACGCAACCCACUUGCCUCAUCCUCUUCAGUCUCACGGUUAUGGAUGCUGCCUCAUGUCCUCUCAUCUUCCUCACAAUCACAUCGUGUUGGAUGCUCAAUGCCUCCCCGCCACUCACUCACUCUCUCUCUCUUCCCCUUCACAUACUCAUUAAAUCGCCUUCCUUCUUUCAGCUUCCUAUACACCUUACUUUCUCUGCGCCAGAAUGCAUGAUAUUCCCACUUUUAAUCUCCCCUUUACCCCACUCUCACCGUCACCCCCUGGACAAUCCACAAGAGGACGUGUGUGGCAGAAUGAUAUAGUCUCCCUUCAACACUCAUCAUUUUCAUUGAUGUAUAUUUAACAAGAGAUGUAUAGAGAAAACGAAAUGUUUUGGAGAAUGUUAUCUCGAUAUACACUAAAGAAAUUUAAAAUAAUGAAUGGUGGAAUGAAGCAAAAUUUACACCUUCACGGUUCUGUGUAAUACAUUUUGCCAGUGAGAAUACCAAUAAAUAUUAAGGUGUG